AUGGUCGUGGACGUGGACCUGGACGUGGACCUGGACGUGGACAUGGACGUGGACAUGGUCGUGGACGUGGACGUGGACGUGGACAUGGACGUGGACGUGGACGUGGACGUGGACAUGGACGUGGACGUCGACGUGGACAUGGACGUGGACGUGGACGUGGACGUGGACAUGAACGUGGACGUGGACGUGGACGUGGAUAUGGACGUGGACGUGGAGGUGGACGUGGACGUGGACGUGGACGUGGACGUUGUCGUGGACGUGGACGUGGACGUCGACGUGGACAUGGACGUGGACGUGGACGUGGACCUGGACGUGGACGUGGACAUGGACGUGGACGUGGAUGUGGAGGACUUGGACGUGGACAUGGACGUGGACGUGGACAUGGACGUGGACCUGGACGUGGACGUGGACAUGGACGUGGACGUGGAUGUGGAGGACUUGGACGUGGACAUGGACGUGGACGUGGACGUGGACAUGGACGUGGACGUGGACGUGGACGUGGAUGUGGACGUGGACGUGGACGUGGACAUGGACAUGGACGUGGACGUGGACAUGGACGUGGACGUGGACAGGGACGUGGACGUGGACAUGGACGUCGACAUGGACGUGGACGUGGAGGUGGACGUGGACGUGGACGUGGACAUGGACAUGGACGUGGACGUGGACGUGGACAUGGACGUGAUCGUAGACGUGGACGUGGACAUGGACGUUGACGUGGACGUUGAGGACUUGAACGUGGACUGGACGUGGACGUGGACGUGGACGGACGUGGACGUGGACGUGGACGUCGACAUGGACAUGGACGUGGACAUGGACGUGGACGUGGACAGGGACGUGGACGUCGACAUGGACGUGGACGUGGAGGUGGACGUGGACGUGGACGUGGACGUGGACGUGGUCGUGGACGUUUACGUGGACAUGGACGUGGACGUGGACGUGGACAUGGAGAUGGACAUGGACGUAGACGUGGACAUGGACGUGGACGUGGACGUGGACGUGGACGUGGACGUAGACGUGGACAUGGACGUGGACGUGGACAUGGACGUGGACGUGGACGUGGACGUCGACGUGGACGUGGACAUGGACGUGGACGUGGAUGUGGACGUGGACGUGGAUGUGGACGUGGACGUGGACGUGGACGUGGACGUGGACAUGGACGUGGACGUGGACGUGGACGUGGACGUGGACGUGGUCGUGGACGUGUACGUAGACAUGGACGUGGACGUGGACGUGGACAUGGACAUGGACGUGGACGUGGACAUGGACGUGGACGUGGACGUCGACGUGGACAUGGACGUGGAUGUGGACAUGGACGUGGUCAUGCACGUGGACGUGGACGUGGACAUGAACGUAGACGUGGACGUGGACGUGGACAUGGACGUGGACGUGGACGUGGACAUGGAGGUGGACGAGGACGUGGACAUGGACGUGGACAAGGACGUGGAUUUGGACGUGGACGUGGACGUGGACAUGGACGUGGACGUGGACGUGGACGUCGACAUGGACGUGGACGUGGAGGUGGACGUGGACGUGGACAUGGACGUGGACAUCGACCUGGACGUGGACGUGGACAUGGACGUGGACGUGGACGUGGAUGUGGACGUGGACGUGGAGAUGGACGUGGACAUGGACGUGGACGUAGACGUGGAGGUGGACAUGGACGUAGACGUGGACAUGGAUGUGGACGUGGAGGUGGACGUGGACAUGGACGUGGACGUGGACAUGGACAUGAACGUGGACAUGGACGUGGACGUGGACAUGGACGUGGACAUGGACGUGGACGUGGACGUGGACGUGGACAUGGACGUGGACGUGGACGUGGACGUGGUCGUGGACGUGGACGUGGAUGUGGACAUGGACGUGGACAUGGACGUGGACGUGAACGUGGUCGUAGACGUGGACGUGGACAUGGACGUGGACGUGGACGUGGACUUGGAGGACUUGAACGACUUGGACGUGGACAUGGACGUGGACGUGGACAUGGACUUGGACGUGGACGUGGACGUGGACGUCGACGUGGACAUGGACGUGGACGUGGACGUGGACGUGGACGUGGAUAUGGACGUGGACAUGGACGUGGACAUGGACGUAGGCGUGGAUUUGGACGUGGACGUGGACAGGGACGUGGACGUGGACGUGGACGUCGACAUGGACGUGGACGUGGAGGUGGAUGUGGACAUGGACGUGGACGUGGACCUGGACAUGGACGUGGACGUGGUCGUGGACGUGGACGUGGACAUGGACGUGGACGUGGACGUGGACGUGGAGGACUUGAACGUGGACUUGGACGUGGACAUGGACGUGGACGUGGACAUGGACGUGGACGUGGACAUGGACGUGGACGUGGACAUGGAAAGGGACGUGGACGUGGACGUGGACGUCGACAUGGACGUGGACGUGGACAUGGACAUGGACGAGGACGUGGACAUGGACGUGGACGUGGACGUAGACGUGGACGUGGAUGUGGACGUGGACGUGGACGUGGACGUGGACGUGGACGUUGAGGUGGACGUGGACGUGGUCAUGGACGUGUACGUGGACAUGGACGUGGACGUGGACGUGGACAUGGACAUGGACGUGGACGUAGACGUGGACAUGGACGUGGACGUGGACGUGGACGUGGACGUAGACGUGGACAUGGACGUGGACGUGGACAUGGACGUGGAUGUGGACGUGGACGUGGACGUCGACGUGGACGUGGACAUGGACGUGGACGUGGACGUGGACGUGGAUGUGGACGUGGACGUGGACGUGGACGUGGACGUGGACAUAGACGUGGACGUGGACGUGGACGUGGACGUGGUCGUGGACGUUUACGUGGACAUGGACGUGGACGUGGACGUGGACAUGGACAUGGACGUGGACGUGGACAUGGACGUGGACGUGGACGUCGACGUGGACAUGGACGUGGAUGUGGACAUGGACGUGGUCAUGCACGUGGACGUGGACGUGGACAUGAACGUAGACAUGGACGAGGACGUGGACAUGGACGUGGACAAGGACGUGGAUUUGGACGUGGACGUGGACGUGGACAUGGACGUGGACGUGGACGUGGACGUCGACAUGGACGUGGACGUGGAGGUGGACGUGGACGUGGACAUGGACGUGGACAUCGACCUGGACGUGGACGUGGACAUGGACGUGGACGUGGACGUGGAUGUGGACGUGGACGUGGAGAUGGACGUGGACAUGGACGUGGACGUAGACGUGGACGUGGACAUGGACGUAGACGUGGACAUGGAUGUGGACGUGGAGGUGGACGUGGACAUGGACGUGGACGUGGACAUGGACAUGAACGUGGACAUGGACGUGGACGUGGACAUGGACGUGGACAUGGACGUGGACGUGGACGUGGACGUGGACAUGGACGUGGACGUGGACGUGGUCGUGGACGUGGACGUGGAUGUGGACAUGGACGUGGACAUGGACGUGGACGUGGACGUGGACGUGGUCCUCGACGUGGACGUGGACAUGGACGUGGACGUGGACGUGGACUUGGAGGACUUGAACGACUUGGACGUGGACAUGGACGUGGACGUGGACAUGGACUUGGACGUGGACGUGGACGUGGACGUGGACAUGGACGUGGACGUGGACGUGGACGUGGAUAUGGACGUGGACAUGGACGUGGACAUGGACGUGGGCGUGGAUUUGGACGUGGACGUGGACAGGGACGUGGACGUGGACGUGGACGUCGACAUGGACGUGGACGUGGAGGUGGAUGUGGACAUGGACGUGGACGUGGACCUGGACAUGGACGUGGACGUGGACGUGGUCGUGGACGUGGACGUGGACAUGGACGUGGACGUGGACGUGGACGUGGAGGACUUGAACGUGGACUUGGACGUGGACAUGGACGUGGACGUGGACAUGGACGUGGACGUGGACAUGGACGUGGACGUGGACGUGGACAGGGACGUGGACGUGGACGUCGACAUGGACGUGGACGUGGACAUGGACGUGGACGUGGACAGGGACGUGGACGUGGACGUGGUCGUGGACGUGGACGUGGACGUGGACGUGUACAUGGACAGGGACGUGGACGUGGACGUGGAGGACGUGGACGUUGACGUGGACGUGGACAUGGACGUGGUCGUGGACGUGGACGUGAACAUGGACGUGGAGGAGGUGGACGUUGAGGUGGACGUGGACAUGGACGUGGUCGUGGACGUGGAGGACUUGGACGUGGACGUGGACGUGAACGUGGACAUGGACGUGGUCGUGGACAUGGACGUAGACGUGGACGUGGACCUGGACGUGGACAUGGACGUGGACGUGGACGUGGACAUGAACGUGGACGUGGACGUGGAUAUGGACGUGGACGUGGAGGUGGACGUGGACGUGGACGUGGAUGUGGACGUGGACAUGGAUGUGGACGUAGACGUGGACGUGGACGUUGUCGUGGAUGUGGACGUGGACGUGGACGUCGACGUGGACAUGGACGUGGACGUGGACGUGGACCUGGACGUGGACGUGGACAUGGACGUGGACGUGGAUGUGGAGGACUUGGACGUGGACAUGGACGUGGACGUGGACGUGGACAUGGACGUGGACGUGGACGUGGACGUGGAUGUGGACGUGGACGUGGACGUGGACGUGGAUAUGGACGUGGACGUGGACGUGGACAUGGACGUGGACGUGGACGUGGACAUGGACGUGGUCGUAGACGUGGACGUGGACAUGGACGUGGACGUGGACAUGGAGGACUUGAACGUGGACUGGACGUGGACGUGGACGUGGACGGACGUGGACGUGGACGUGGACGUCGACAUGGACAUGGACGUGGACAUGGACGUGGACUUGGACAGGGACGUGGACGUCGACAUGGACGUGGACGUGGAGGUGGACGUGGACGUGGACGUGGACGUGGACGUGGUCGUGGACGUGUACGUGGACAUGGACGUGGACGUGGACGUGGACAUCGACAUCGACGUGGACGUAGACGUGGACAUGGACGUGGACGUGGACGUGGACGUGGACGUGGACGUAGACGUGGACAUGGACGUGGACGUGGACAUGGACGUGGACGUGGACGUGGACGUGGACGUGGACAUGGACGUGGACGUGGACGUGGACGUGGAUGUGGACGUGGACGUGGACGUGGACGUGGACGUGGACAUGGACGUGGAUGUGGACGUGGACUUGGACGUGGACGUGGUCGUGGACGUGUACGUGGACAUGGACGUGGACGUGGACGUGGACAUGGACAUGGACAUGGACGUGGACGUGGACAUGGACGUGGACGUGGACGUCGACGUGGACAUGGACGUGGAUGUGGACGUGGACGUGGUCAUGCACGUGGACGUGGACGUGGACAUGGAGGUGGACGAGGACGUGGACAUGGACGUGGACAAGGACGUGGAUUUGGACGUGGACGUGGACGUGGACAUGGACGUGGACGUGGACGUGGACGUCGACAUGGACGUGGACGUGGAGGUGGACGUGGACGUGGACAUGGACGUGGACAUCGACCUGGUUGUGGACGUGGACAUGGACGUGGACGUGGACGUGGAUGUGGACGUGGACGUGGAGAUGGACGUGGACAUGGACGUGGACGUAGACGUGGACGUGGACAUGGACGUAGACGUGGACAUGGAUGUGGACGUGGAGGUGGACGUGGACAUGGACGUGGACGUGGACAUGGACAUGAACGUGGACAUGGACGUGGACGUGGACAUGGACGUGGACAUGGACGUGGACGUGGACGUGGACAUGGACGUGGACGUGGACGUGGACGUGGUCGUGGACUUGGACGUGGAUGUGGACAUGGACGUGGACAUGGACGUGGACGUGGACAUGGACGUGGUCGUAGACGUGGACGUGGACAUGGACGUGGACGUGGACGUGGACUUGGAGGACUUGAACGACUUGGACGUGGACAUGGACGUGGACGUGGACAUGGACUUGGACGUGGACGUCGACGUGGACGUGGACAUGGACAUGGACGUGGACGUGGACGUGGACGUGGAUAUGGACGUGGACAUGGACGUGGACAUGGACGUGGGCGUGGAUUUGGACGUGGACGUGGAUUGGGACGUGGACGUGGACGUGGACGUCGACAUGGACGUGGACGUGGAGGUGGAUGUGGACAUGGACGUGGACGUGGACCUGGACAUGGACGUGGACGUGGUCGUGGACGUGGACGUGGACAUGGACGUGGACGUGGACGUGGACGUGGACGUGGACGUGGACGUGGACGUGGACGUGGACGUGGACGUGGUCGUGGACGUGGACAUGGUCGUAGACGUAGACGUGGACGUGGACGUGGUCGUGGACAUGGACGUGGACGUGGACGUGGACGUGGACGUGGACAUGGACGUGGACGUGGACGUGGACGUAGACGUGGACGAGGACAUGGAUGUGGAUGUCGAAGUGGACGUGGACGUGGACGUGGACAUGGACGUGGACAUGGACGUGGAUGAGGACGUGGACGUGGACGUGGACAUGGACGUGGACGUGGACGUGGACAUGGACGUGGAGAUGGACAUGGACGUGGACGUGGACGUGGAGGUGGACAUGAACGUGGACAUGGACGUGGACGUGGACGUGGACGUGGACGUGGACGUGGACGUGGACAUGGACGUGGACGUGGACAUGGACGUGGACGUGGAGAUGGACGUGGAUGUGGACAUGGACGUGCACGUGGACGUAAACGUAGACGUGGAAGUGGACAUGGACGUGGACGUCAAAGUGGACGUGGACGUGGACAUGGACGUGGACGUGGAUGUGGACGUGGACGUGGACGUGGACGUGGACAUGGACGUGGACGUGGACGUGGACGUGGUCGUGGACGUGGACGUGGACGUGGACAUGGACGUGGACGUGGACGAGGACGUGGACAUAGACGUGGACGUGGGCGUGGAUGUGGACGUGGACGUGGACGUGGACCUGGACAUGGACGUGGAUGUGGACGUGGACAUGGUCGUGGACGUGGACCUGGACGUGGACGUGGACGUGGACGUGGACAUGGACGUGGACAUGGUCGUGGACAUGGACGUGGACGUUGACAUGGACGUGGAGGUGGACGUGGACGUGGACGUGGACGUGGACAUGGACGUGGACGUGGACGUGGUCGUGGACGUGGACGUGGACGUGGACGUGGACAUGGACGUGGACGUGGACGUGGACAUCGACGUGGACGUCGACGUGGACAUGGACGUAGACGUGGACGUGGACGUGGAUGUGGACAUGGACGUGGACGUGGACAUCGACGUGGUCGUGGACGUGGACGUGGACAUCGACGUGGACGUGGACGUGGACGUGGACGUGGUCGUGGUCGUGGACGUGGACGUAGACGUGGACGUGGACGUAGACAUGGUCGUGGACGUGGACAUGGAGGUGGACGUGGACGUGGACAUGGACGUGGAUGUGGACAUGGACGUAGACGUGGACAGGGACGUGGACGUGGACGUGGACGUCGACAUGGACGUGGACGUGGACAUGGACGUGGACGUGGACGUGGACAUGGACGUGGACAUGGACGUGGACGUGGACGUGGACAUGGACGUGGACAUGGACGUGGACGUGGACGUGGACAUGGACGUGGUCGUGGACGUGGACGUGGACAUGGACGUGGACGUGGACGUGGACGUAGACGUGGACGUGGACGUGGACAUGGACGUGGACGUGGACGUGGACGUGGACGUGGACGGGGACGUGGACGUGGACGUUUACUUGGACAUGGACGUGGACGUGGACAUGGACGUGGACGUGGACGUGGACGCGGACAUGGAAGUGGACAUGGACGUGGACGUGGACGUGGACGUGGACGUGGACAUGGACGUGGACAUGGAAGUGGUCGUGGACGUGGACGUGGACAUGGACGUGGACGUGGAGGUGGACGUGGACAUGGACGUGGACGUGGACAUGGACAUGAACGUGGACAUGGACGUGGACGUGGACAUGGACGUGGACAUGGACGUGGACAUGGACGUGGACGUGGACAUGGACGUGGACGUGGACGUGGACGUGGUCGUGGACGUGGACAUGGACGUGGACAUGGACGUGGACGUGGACGUGGACGUGGUCGUAGACGUGGACGUGGACAUGGACGUGGACGUGGACGUGGACUUGGAGGACUUGAACGACUUGGACGUGGACAUGGACGUGGACGUGGACAUGGACGUGGACGUGGACGUGGACGUGGACGUGGACGUGGACGUGGACAUGGAUGUGGACGUGGACGUGGACGUAGACGUGGAUAUGGACGUGGACAUGGACGUGGACAUGGACGUGGGCGUGGAUUUGGACGUGGACGUGGACAGGGACGUGGACGUGGACGUGGACGUCGACAUGGACGUGGACGUGGAGGUGGACGUGGACAUGGACGUGGACGUGGACCUGUACAUGGACGUGGACGUUGACGUGGUCGUGGACGUGGACGUGGACAUGGACGUGGACGUGGACAUGGACGUGGACGUGGACGUGGAAGUCGACGUGGACGUGGACGUGGACGUGGACGUGGACGUGGACGUGGUCGUGGACGUGGACAUGGUCGUGGACGUGGACGUGGACGUGGACGUGGUCGUGGACAUGGACGUGGACGUGGACGUGGACGUGGACAUGGACGUGGACGUCGACGUGGACGUAGACGUGGACGAGGACAUGGACGUGGACGUCGAAGUGGACGUGGACGUGGACGUGGACAUGGACGUGGACAUGGUCGUGGAUGUGGACGUGGACGUGGACGUGGACAUGGACGUGGACGUGGACGUGGACAUGGACGUGGAGAUGGACAUGGACGUGGACGUGGACGUGGAGGUGGACAUGAACGUAGACGUAGACGUGGAAGUGGACAUGGACGUGGACGUCAAAGUGGACGUGGACGUGGACAUGGACGUGGACGUGGACGUGGAUGUGGACGUGGACGUGGACGUGGACAUGGACGUGGACGUGGACGUGGACGUGGUCGUGGACGUGGACGUGGACGUGGACAUGGACGUGGACGUGGACGUGGACGAGGACGUGGACAUGGACGUGGACGUGGACGUGGAUGUGGACAUGGACGUGGACGUGGACAUGGACAUGGACGUGGAUGUGGACGUGGACAUGGUCGUGGACGUGGACCUGGACGUGGACGUGGACGUGGACAUGGACGUGGACAUGGUCGUGGACGUGGACGUGGACGUGGACGUGGACGUGGACGUGGACGUGGACAUGGACGUGGACGUGGACGUGGACGGGACGUGGACAUGGACGUGGACGUGGACGUGGGACGUGGACGUGGACGUUGACGUCGACAUGGACGUGGACGUGGACAUGGACGUGGACGUGGACAUGGACGUGGACAUGGACGUGGACGUGGACGUGGACAUGGACGUGGACAUGGACGUGGACGUGGACGUGGACGUGGUCGUGGACGUGGACGUGGACGUGGACGUGGACAUGGACGUGGACGUGGACGUGGACGUAGACGUGGACGUGGACGUGGACAUGGACGUGGACGUGGACGUGGACGUGGACGUGGACGGGGACGUGGACGUGGAUGUUUACGUGGACAUGGACGUGGACGUGGACAUGGACGUGGACGUGGACGUGGACGCGGACAUGGAAGUGGACAUGGACGUGGACGUGGACGUGGACGUGGACGUGGACAUGGACGUGGACAUGGAAGUGGUCGUGGACGUGGACGUGGACAUGGACGUGGACGUGGAGGUGGACGUGGACAUGGACGUGGACGUGGACAUGGACAUGAACGUGGACAUGGACGUGGACGUGGACAUGGACGUGGACAUGGACGUGGACAUGGACGUGGACGUGGACAUGGACGUGGAUGUGGACGUGGUCGUGGACGUGGACGUGGACGUGGACAUGGACGUGGACAUGGACGUGGACGUGGACGUGGACGUGGUCGUAGACGUGGACGUGGACAUGGACGUGGACGUGGACGUGGACUUGGAGGACUUGAACGUGGACUCGACGUGGACGGACGUGGACGUGGACGUGGACGUCGACAUGGACGUGGACGUGGAGGUGGACGUGGACAUGGACGUGGACGUGGAACUGUACAUGGACGUGGACGUGGACGUGGUCGUGGACGUGGACGUGGACAUGGACGUGGACGUGGACGUGGAGGACUUGAACGUGGACUUGGACGUGGACAUGUACGUGGACGUGGACAUGGACGUGGACGUGGCCAUGGACGUGGACGUGGACGUGGAUGCGGACAUGGAAGUGGACAUGGACGUGGACGUGGACGUGGACGUGGACGUGGACGUGGACAUGGACGUGGACAUGGAAGUGGUCGUGGACGUGGACGUGGACAUGGACGUGGACGUGGACGUGGACAUGGACGUGGACAUGGACGUGGACUUGGCCGUGGACGUGGUCGUGGACGUGGACGUGGACGUGGACAUGGACGUGGACGUGGACGUGGACGUGGACUUGGACGUGGACAUGGACAUGGACGUGGAAGUGGACGUGGACGUGGACGUGGACGUGGACAUGGACGUGGACGUGGACAUGGACAUGGACGUGGACAUGGACGUGGACGUGGACGUGGACGUGGACGUGGACAUGGACGUGGACGUGGACGUGGACGUGAACGUGGACGUGGUCGUGGACGUGGACGUGGACAUGGACGUCGACGUGGACGUGGACGUGGACGUGGACGUGGACGUCGACGUGGACAUGGACCUGGACGUGGACGUGGACGUGGACGUGGACGUGGUCAUGGACGUGGACGUGGACGUGGACAUGGACGUGGACGUGGACGUGGACGUGGACAUGGACGUGGACAUGGACGUGGACGUGGACGUGGACAGGGACGUGGACGUGGACGUGGACGUCGACAUGGACGUGGACGUGGACAUGGACAUGGACAGGGACGUGGAUGUGGACGUGGACGUGGACGUGGACGUGGUUGUGGACGUGGACGUGGACGUGGACAUGGAGGUGGACGUGGACGUGGACAUGGACGUGGACGUGGACAUGGACGUGGAUGUUGACGUGGACGUGGACAUGGACGUGGUCGUGGACAUGGAGGACUUGGACGUGGACGUGGACGUGGACGUGGACGUGGACAUGGACGUGGUCGUGGACGUGGACGUAGACGUGGACGUGGACGUGGAUGUGGACUUGGACGUAGACAUGGACGUGGACAUGGACGUCGACGUGGACAGGGACGUGGACGUGGACGUGGACGUCGACAUGGACGUGGACGUGGAGGUGGACGUGGACGUGGACGUGGACGUGGACAUGGACGUGGACGUGGACGUGGACGUGGUCGUGGACGUGGACGUGGACCUGAACGUGGACGUGGACGUGGAGGACUUGAACGUGGACGUGGACGUGGACAUGGACGUGGACGAGGACGUGGACAUGGACGUGGACGUGGACGUAGACGUGGACGUGGAUGUGGACGUGAACGUGGAUGGAAGUGGACGUGGACGUGGACGAGGACGUCGACAUAGACGUGGCAUGGACAUGGAGGUGGACGUGGACAGGGACGUGGACGUGGACGUGGACGUCGACAUGGACGUGGACGUGGAGGUGGACGUGGACGUGGACGUGGACAUGGACGUGGACGUGGACAUGGAUGUGGACGUGGACGUGGUCGACGUGGACGUGGACGUCGACGUGGACAUGGACGUGGACAUGGACGUGGACGUGGACAUGGACGUGGACGUGGACGUGGACAUGAACGUAGACGUGGACGUGGACGUGGACGUGGACAUGGAGGUGGACGAGGACGUGGACAUGGACGUGGACAAGGACGUGGACAUAGACGUGGACGUGGACAUGGACGUGGACGUGGACGUGGAUGUCGACAUGGACGUGGACGUGGAGGUGGACGUGGACGUGGACGUGGACGUGGACGUGGACAUCGACCUGGACGUGGACGUAGACAUGGACGUGGACGUGGACGUGGAUGUGGACAUGGACGUGGAGAUGGACGUGGACAUGGACGUGGACGUAGACGUGGACGUGGACAUGGACGUGGACGUGGACGUAGACGUGGACGUGGACGUGGACAUGGACGUGGACGUGGACGUGUACGUGUACGUGGACGUGGAUGUGGACGUGGACAUAGACGUGGACGUGGACGUGGACGUGGACAUGGACGUGGACGUGGACGUGGACAUGGACGUGGAUGUGGACAUGGACGUGGACGUGGACGUGGAGGUGGACGUGGACAUGGACGUGGACGUGGACAUGGACAUGAACGUGGACAUGGACGUGGACGUGGACAUGGACGUGGACAUGGACGUUGACGUGGACGUGGACGUGGGGACAUAG